UCAAGAAUGUAUGUACAUCAUUUUCUGCCGUCUAAAACUAAAACAAUAACAGCCCUCUAAAAUUUCUCAACCCCCAGAAAUUGUUGAUUGAAGAAUCAAAUUCACUCUCAUUUCUUCUUCUCCAGUUAUACUUGCAUCCGCGAUGCCUCGCAACGACGGCGUUCUUUUCACCUCCUCAUCUUUCAAGAUCCCUUCUUCCAACCAUUCUCUCUCACAGACCCUAGCCUGUCACCUCUCCAGAGCUCGUCACUCGGUGUUCCAACUCAUUCACUCACUCAGGAAUCGCUCCAAUUUUCUCAAAAAUCAUCCUACCGCCGCAUCCACUCACUCCGCCUUCGGAAUUCACUCGCUUCUCAGAGACUCUCCCCUACUCUGCUGUGCGUCACUGUCGCUAACCACUCCGAGCGACAACCUUUCUAAAUCGCCUCUGUUAUGUUCUGCCUCCUUGUCUUUGUCCCAGCCGAGUUCGCCCGACUCCGCUCAGUCCGGGUUGGAGGUGCCUCAGAAGGGACAGUCGACUGCUGCCGGUCGAUACGACGAGGAGAGGGUUUUGAUAAGCGAGGUUCUCGUCAGGAACAAAGAUGGAGAGGAGUUGGAGCGGAAAGACCUUGAAAUGGAAGCCCUUACCGCGUUGAAAGCUUGCCGAGCCAACUCAGCAUUGACUGUGCGGGAGGUCCAGGAAGAUGUUCAUCGGAUCAUUGAUAGCGGCUACUUCUCCUCCUGUAUGCCCGUGGCUGUUGACACGCGGGAUGGUAUCAGAUUGGUGUUUCAAGUAGAGCCAAAUCAGGAGUUCCACGGAUUGGUCUGUGAAGGGGCCAAUGUUCUUCCAUCAAAGUUUCUCGAGGAUGCUUUUCGUGAUGCACAUGGAAAAGUUGUAAAUCUCAAGCGUUUGGAUGAAGUAAUUAAUUCUAUCAAUGGAUGGUAUAUGGAACGUGGUCUUUUUGGCUUGGUUUCUGGAGUUGAUAUUUUUUCUGGAGGUAUUAUAAAGUUACAAGUUGCAGAAGCCGAGGUCAAUAAUAUAUCCAUACGUUUCCUUGAUCGAAAGACUGGAGAACCAACUAAAGGGAAGACAAAGCCUGAAACGAUACUUAGGCAACUCACAACCAAGAAGGGACAGGUGUAUAGUAUGCUUCAAGGAAAAAGAGAUGUGGAUACGGUGUCAACUAUGGGUCUCAUGGCAGAUGUCAGUAUCAUUCCUCAACCAGCUGGGGAUGCUGGUAAAGUUGAUUUGAUAAUGAAUGUUGUUGAACGUCCAAGUGGUGGUUUUUCUGCUGGUGGUGGAAUAUCAAGUGGGAUUACAAGUGGCCCUCUAUCAGGACUUAUUGGAAGCUUUGCAUAUUCUCAUAGAAAUUUGUUUGGAAGAAACCAAAAGCUUAAUAUUUCCUUAGAGAGGGGCCAAAUUGACUCUAUAUUCCGCAUUAACUACACAGACCCAUGGAUUGAGGGAGACGACAAGAGGACGUCUAGAACAAUAAUUGUGCAGAAUUCAAGAACCCCAGGGACACUUGUGCAUGGUAACCAACAUGACAAUAGCAGUCUGAGUAUUGGUCGUGUAACAGCUGGUAUAGAGUUUAGUCGACCGCUCAGGCCAAAAUGGAGUGGAACAGCUGGUCUUAUUUUUCAGCACGCUGGUGCUCGUGAUGAUAAAGGAAAUCCAAUUAUCAAGGACUUCUAUGGCAGCCCACUUACUGCAAGUGGUAAGCCUUAUGACGAUAUGUUAUUGGCAAAAUUUGAAAGUGUCUAUACUGGUUCUGGUGAUCAAGGUUCCUCCAUGUUUGCAUUUAACAUGGAACAAGGACUUCCCAUCAUGCCUGAGUGGUUGUUUUUCAACAGAGUGAAUGCUCGGGCAAGAAAAGGUGUUGAAAUUGCUCCAACUCGCCUUCUUUUAAGUUUGUCUGGUGGGCAUGUGGUGGGAAAUUUUUCUCCUCAUGAAGCAUUUGCUAUCGGUGGAACUAACAGCGUGAGAGGUUACGAAGAAGGUGCUGUAGGCUCUGGACGAUCUUAUGUAGUUGGCUCAAGUGAAGUUUCUUUCCCAAUGCUGGGGCCUGUGGAAGGAGUUAUAUUUGCUGAUUACGGGCAUGAUUUAUGGUCAGGACCCAAUGUGCCUGGUGAUCCUGCGGGGGCAAGAUAUAAGCCUGGAAGUGGCUAUGGAUAUGGGUUUGGGAUCCGAGUGGACUCACCUUUAGGGCCUCUGCGACUUGAAUAUGCUUUUAAUGACAAACAUGCAAAGAGGUUUCACUUUGGGGUUGGCCAUCGAAACUAAGAAGAAACGGUGCUUUUGUCCAUUGGAAACCGUGGA